AUGAGCUCUCUCGUUGUGUUGGACACAACCAAUGACCCAUCUGCUCAGGCAGGCACCACAACAUCGACCACCCCGUCAUCGCAGCCCGCCUCAGCCACGGCAUCGGCCAAGAACGCCACAACAACAACAACAACAACGACAGCAACGACAACAAAGGCAGCAGCACCGCCACCGGCUGCAACUCGGCCAUAUGCAGCAACAAGUCAAGCGGAGCGCCUGUUCUCAUCAAACGCCAAGUGCAGGCGCACGCGGACGGUGAGCCUGCCCGCACGCUGCCGUGACUUGCACGACAACGAUCACGACGCUGACGUGUACUUUCUCGAUGGUGGCAUGGGCGAUCACAACGAUGCGUUUGUGGGUGGCCGUGUUGCCACCACGCACACCAAGCACACCAAACGGCACGGCACCCCGCCCCCAGCAACAACACCAACAGCGGCAUCACGUGGGAUCUGGGCGGACUACACACAGCAAAAGCAACACCAGCACCACGGCCCUGACCUGCGCAAGGCGUGGUCCCUCUCCUCCCUGUCGCCGUCGCCACAUCAUCCCGUGUUUGUCUUCCCUGCCAUGACCUGGCAGAAGGUGACGCCAGCGUCAGCGUCCUCGCCGCCCCCAGACCAUCCUCGUCAGCGCCAGCUCUCGCAGCAGCAGCAGUACCUCCAGCAGCACGGCCUGUCGCCAGAGCAGCUGUUGAGGCGCAAAGCAAAGGCGCCCUGCCUGAAGCGCGCCUACUCUGCUCCACAGCUGCACGACUUUUUUGCACACGCAGCAGUCAAGUCGGGCCGUACUGGGACGACCCUAUCUUCGCCAAGGCCUGUUGCUGCGAAAGCCAUAACGAAGAGCGCCUCGGCAACGUCCUCGCCUGUGUCUGCCCCUUCCUUCUCCCCCUCCCCUUCGUCCUCAUCAUCGUCCUCAUCAUCCCCACCAUCGACAGCGUCAACGUCGCCCGAGUCGCUGGCAAAGCGGGGGACGCAAUGGGAUGUAGCAACAGCCAUGGCCGCACUCCGCGCACUCGACCGCACGCGUGUGGAUGCAAAGGCGGACGGGGGAAUCGGGUCGCCCUCACUCGCAUCCCCACCCGUCCCGCCGUCCCCAGCCUCACCUCCCUCGACCCCUGUGCACACGGAAGAGGAAGACGAUGCUCUCCACCACGCCAACGCAACGGAGGGCGGGAAUGCCGCUGCACGUGCUGCUGCACCGAAUGAUGACGGCCACAACACGUCAACAGCAAAGAGCGCUGUCAGUGCAACCAGUGGUGCGACAAGUGCUGUCAGCAAGGCGGCGCAGGCCAGCACCUCGCGCUCCCCCACGUCGCCGCUGGCGCUGUCAAAGCAUGUGGCGGAGGCCAUUGGGACGCUCCCGCCAGAUCACCUCGCCCGCCGCGAGGUGAAGCGGUACAGCACGGAGCUGAUCCAGCCCCCGCAUCUCGCCGACCAGAUGUGGCAGGUGACGCCCCGCCGCGACCGCCGGGCGAGCCGGCUCAAGUGGCGCGACAGCACUGGCCGCAAGCUGUGCUCGUCCAUGUACUUCUGGAAGGAAGAGCCACCCAACGCGUGCAGCAGCAACGGGCUCAUUCCCAACCCCAUGGAGAGCAGCGACGAUGAUGACUCUGACGAGGAGGACGAGGAGGAUGACGGUGAAGACGGCUGUAAUGGCGAUUGUGGUGACGAUGCCGAUGACGACGACGACGUGGAUCUCGACUUGACGGAUGACUUUGACCUGGACCCUGCCCUGUCGCUGUCACCAUCUCGGCCGCCUCCACCUGCAUCGUCACUGACCCCAGAGGGCACGCUGCGCAGCUGCUUGAAGAAGACGCCGCGCACCAACCGCGUCCGUGCGAACAUCAGCUCCAAUACCGCCGCGCAGCGCUUGGAGGCGCAGAUGCUUGCAUCGCCACCGUCGUCUCCCGUCACCUCCGCAAGGCCACGUGCAGCAUCCUCCUCGCAAACAACAACAUCAUUGUCCAAUGUGCGCGCACCAGCGCGCACGCGCCAGCCCGCGCUGCCAGCGUCGUGGAUGCAGCGCCAGCAGCAGCAGCAGCCUGGUGGAGGUGGAGGUGGAGGUGGCGGUAACGACACGUACCGCCCUUCCAAGACAACAUUCUCGUUUGCUGACGUGGGCGCCCUUCCCCACACGCGCGUGGCCAUGUUGCAUGCACUUUCACGCAAGUACGUGCAGCUUGAGGACCUGACGACACACACGCCGUACCUCUUCUUCAUCGUUCGCGUGCUCAAUCUCGCGUUUGAGAAGAGCGUCAUUAUCCGCUACACCACGGAUGGCUGGCGCUCACACCACGAUGUGCACGCCGACUACCUCCCCGGCUCGUCGGACCCAUCCUCCGAUCGAUUCUACGCAAACCUGUCGUUCCCAACGGCGCCAGGCAGCGGUUGCAUUGAAUUCGCCAUUCGCUAUCUGACUGAUGGAAAGGAGUUCUGGGACAACAACGACGGCCACAACUACAAAGUGACGGUCACGCGUGUGCCGUUCAUGCGGUUUGGUGGCUACUCCCCGUCGUCUCCAUCGCCCUCCAACUCGUCCUCGCCUUCACCACCUGCCUCACGCAAGAGCAGCCGCAGCAACAGCACCAGCUACAUCUGA